UUCACCCGCUCCGUCUCGUCGCCUCUUCCACCCGCGGCCGCACCAACCCCGUCCCUAAUCACCCCCAACCAAACCGAAACCAAAACCCAAACUAGACUUCUCCUCCCGAUCCCCGACGUCGCCGGAGGCUUCGCCGGAGCAGCGCCGACGGUUGCUUCGUUCGCGCCCAGAGGAGCAUGGCCUCGCUUGCGCCUCCGUCUUCCUCCGUCGCGGCCGCCCUCACCCGCCAACAGGCGCGGUUCUUGAAUGGGUGCAGUGUCUCCAAGGAGACAAAGGGCUCGGUUUGCAGCCUCUUCACUCCAAAUUCAAAUAAUGCCAAAGUAAAAUCAAUGGGCUUGAGAAUAUCAUCAUCCUUGAAAAGGGAUGGUGGCUAUCCAGCCGGUGGUGCCUCUGGGAAUGGCGAUGUGCUAUUGCCAAGAAGUACUUCCGUACGUGGCCAGGACCAUUCGGUUGCUGACCCUGUACUCCCAACGGAUUCCAUGGUUGCGCCGGAAAUCCUUUCUGCUAAUCUGGCACGUGUUGCGGACAAGUUCGCGGAUGAAGACACAGACACUGAACUUGAUUUGGAUAGCCCGACAGAGGGCUUUGCAUCUAUUGCAGAUGCCAUUGAGGACAUACGACAAGGAAAACUUGUGAUUGUUGUUGAUGACGAGUCAAGGGAAAAUGAAGGAGACCUUAUAAUGUCUGCUUCCUUGGUUACCCCAGAGGCUAUGGCUUUUAUAGUAAGGCAUGGGACUGGAAUUGUGUGUGUCAGCAUGAAAGAAGAAGAUCUGGAAAGACUGGACCUUCCAUUGAUGGUUACCACAAAAGAAAACGAGGAGAAGUUAUGCACUGCUUUCACUGUUACAGUGGACGCGAGAGAGGGCACAACAACUGGGGUAUCUGCCAAGGACAGGGCAAAGACAGUCAUGACUCUUGCAUCUCCUGAAUCUAAGCCUGAGGACUUCAAUCGCCCUGGUCAUAUUUUCCCUUUGAAAUACAGAGAAGGAGGUGUUCUGAAACGAGCUGGACACACCGAGGCAUCUGUUGACCUUGCCAUGCUGGCUGGAUUACCUCCUGUUGCUGUCCUUUGUGAGAUUGUGGAUGAUGCAGAUGGCUCCAUGGCUCGCCUACCAAAACUACGUGUGUUUGCUGAAAGGGAGAAUUUGAAGAUUAUAUCUAUUGCCGACUUGAUUAGAUAUAGGAGGAAAAGAGACAGGCUAAUUGAACGUGCUUCUGUUGCACGCUUGCCUUUGAGAUGGGGCAAUGUUCGUGCCUAUUGCUACAGAUCUGUUAUUGAUGGAAUUGAACAUAUUGCAAUGGUGAAAGGUGAGAUUGGUGAUGGUCAAGAUAUUUUGGUGAGGGUUCACUCCGAGUGCCUCACUGGAGACAUUUUUGGAUCUGCAAGAUGCGAUUGUGGUGACCAGCUUGCCAUGUCAAUGGAGAUGAUUGAGAAGGCUGGAAGAGGCGUAUUAGUUUACCUUCGUGGACAUGAAGGAAGGGGUAUUGGUCUGGGUCACAAGCUCCGUGCUUAUAACUUGCAAGAUGACGGGCGUGACACUGUGGAAGCUAAUGAGGAACUAGGGCUUCCUGUUGAUUCAAGGGAAUAUGGGAUUGGUGCACAGAUAUUACGGGAUCUAGGAGUCCGUUCAAUGAAGUUGAUGACCAAUAAUCCUGCAAAGUAUAGUGGCCUCAAGGGUUACGGAUUAAGCAUUGCGGGCAGGGUGCCCUUGCUGACGCCAAUAACCAGUGAGAAUAGGAGGUACAUGGAGACCAAAAGAACAAAGAUGGGGCAUGUAUAUGGACAGGCUAGCCAAGCAAGUGACAGCAACAGCGCAGCAGAGAAGCACUAGGCCAACAAGGCACGCCUCCAUUAGCGUUCCAGCUGGUGACAUGGUGAUGCCAUGUUCUUCACUGGUGGAGUUUGCCAAAUGAGCUCUUCCCAGAUAUUCCAGUAGAUUGAUUUGUUCUUCAAUUGUAACAGUAGGUUCAAGAUGGGUAAUAAUAAGAAUGGUCCCUUUCUUCAUUUUUUUGCCCCAUGUUAUUCUCUGCUGCCAUCAUAUUAUCACUGUAAAUACAUGGUAACAGCGUCCAUACAGUACAUAAUUGAACCCAUGUAUACCUGACAUCCACUUGUCUGGG